ACACUCCCGUCACAAGAUGGCGGCGGGCUCCUUUAAGCUCUGGUUUGUAGCCCGCCCAAAAACAAGGUGAAGAAGAGGAAGAGGAAGGGCCAGUCAGCUGGUAAACAGACAGGAAACUUUCUUCACAUGUUCAACAACCUGCAGACUUCUUCAUGACUGCGAAGCGCGCUGCGUGUCGACGAACGUGACCUGCGUCUCCAGCUAGAGUCAACAAACGUCUGGAAAAGGUGUUGGUGUUGUUCUUCGCUAAGAGCGCCGAGCUGACUGGACUGAAGCAGGAGGAGGCUGUUGCCGUGCCAACACCAAUCAGCAGCCGGGACCUUUGGACACUGUUGCUACGGCGACACCCGAGACUGUCCGUCCUGCAGGAUCAGGUGGUGUUGGCGGUGCGUCAGCAGUACGUUGCCAUCGGUGACCAGGUGGUGACUCUGGGAGACGGAGACGAGGUUGCCGUGGUACCCCCGCUCAGCGGAGGCUAGAGUCCCACGAUGGCUGAGUCGGAGAAGCGGCGAGACGUCUUCAAGCUGAGCCGUGAUUGGCUGUCUGUACAGGAAGUGGUGGACACCGUCAGCAGCGCUUCCUGCGGAGCCAUUUCUGUUUUUAUAGGAACGACCCGGGAGGACAAGGUUGGCGGCAGGAAGGUGAUUGGUCUGGAGUACGAGGCGUAUGAGCCCAUGGCCCAAUCAGAGUUCAGGAAGCUGUGUGAUGACAUCAGAGAGCGCUGGCCAACCGUGACGCACGUCUGUGUUCACCACCGGCUCGGGUGGGUGAAGGUGGGCGAGGCCAGUGUUGCCAUGGCGAUCUCCUCUCCUCACCGGCAGGACGGACAGCAAGCGAUCCAGCACUGCAUCACCCAGCUGAAGGCCCACAUCCCCCUCUGGAAGAAGGAAGUGUACGACACACAGGAGACCAGCUGGAAGGAGAAUGCAGAGUGUUGGUGGGCCGCGCACAACAAGUCUCCUCCAGACACAGACACACAACUGUAGACACACACACACACACACACACACACACACACAACCCUAAACACACAACACAACAUUAUUAACUCAACUAGAGCUGCAACUACCCUUCAUCUUCACACUGGAUUAAUGUCUCCAUAAAUGGAUUAAGACUGUGUGUGUGUGUGUGUGUGUGUGUGUGUGUGUGUGUGUGUGUGUGUGUGUGUGUGUGUAUAAAGUUUAGGAGAAUCCAGAGAGUUAUUAAAGUCUUUCUGACUGUUUUAUAAUCUGUAAUCAGUUUUUAUGACGGAAAUUAUUUCUCGUGGAACAUCAGAUAACAUCAGAUAAAAUAUUAAUACCUGUUCCUCUGACUCACCUGUGUGGGCGGAGCUUAUCAGGUAACUUCAUCAAACUUCCCUUCAGCUCAGCAGUUAGUUCCUCAACUAAAGCUCUGUCAUGUUUCCAGUUCAACUUCUCACAUGUAGUUAAGUUAAUCAUAUACAUGUGUAAUAUCCACACAUAUUAAUGACUUUAAAUUGUAUUUUGAGUGCAUUUUAAAGUGUAUUAAGUG